AUCACCAGAUCAGGCCGAACCCAACCCCGUCACCACCACUGAGCAACCGUGCCACCGCCCUCAUUUGUCCAGUCCCAGGGAGAGGCUGAGACCCCCCGCCAAACCCAUCCUCGAUCACUUCCACAGCCUCAGCCGUUGUGUUGUGUUGUGUUGUGCUUGCUUUUGCAGCUGACGUCCUCAUUACGGGUUCGCAUCUGCAGCCUGGCAUUUGAUUUUCCUCCCUCCUCUCUCCCCGCCUCUUUUUUUUCUCCCUCGCCCCCAUCAACCCUCUUUUCUCCCUAUUCUCCUCCACGUUUCUUUCUCCCAUACACAUUCUUGCUCUCUUGCCCCUUUCUCAUGAUCAUGGCUUGCAACAUGGAAGAUACGCAGAGAAGACCCAAGGGGAUCCUCAAGAACUCCAGCUCGCAGGUUCCCCAGGUCGCACAGGCCCACGAGACCGUGACUAUCCCGGAGGUUUCGACCGACUCCGUGGACACCAAGGAGCUUACGCUUCAAAACACCCUCCAGAAUGCCGGCCGCCGUCGCUCCCUCUCCAACACCCGUCCCGGGUCCUCGUCCCGACGCCAGUCGCUCGCGCACAUCCACGGCCAGCCCGACGACAGCUCCCCGCGGCUGAAGUGGGACGAGGCCAACCUAUACCUGACUGAACAGGAAAAGACCGCGAAGAUGAAGAUCGACGAGCCCAAGACCCCGUACGCGCCCCAGUACAAUCCCGCGGAGGAUGAGGAGGAAGAGCUCGCGGGCGAGGACAGCCUGAUUGAUGCGCAGGGAGUGGUGGUGGACGAACUGGACCAGACGCAGAAGGCAUCCCGCAAGGGGAUGGCGGAGGACGAUAUCCCGGAGCUGGAGCUGGGCGAGCCCGAGGAGGCGAUGAACACAGACACGCACAUGACGGGCGGGGAUCGGAUCGUGCGCGAACGGAGCCUGAGCAAUGACUCCCACCGGAGCGCGAAGCAUGUCGUGGUGGGGGCCAGCGAGGCGAACGGCGAUCCCGAGUCCCACGGCGACACGCUGAUGACGGCGGGCGAGGCCGAGGCGAAGCACCGACAGUUCGAGCAGCAUCGCAAGAAGCAUUAUGAGAUGCGCAACAUCAAGGAACUCCUCGCCCACCCCGAAGACGAACUGGACGAGAUGGAUGAGGACGAGGACGAGGACGAGAAUACGGCGCCGCAGGUGCCACCGGCGGUGCCCCAGAUCCCGGAGCGGUUUGUGAACGGCGGUCAGUGAAGCGACGGGGUCUACAGGGGGUGGACUACGAAGACGGAAGACGGAAGACGGAAGAUGGAAGACGGAAGACUUGCGCAUUGCUUGAUUGACUGACCCCCAAGCGGUCUAAC